CGAAAAAGAACCAAAUUAAGAAAUCUUACAGUUUGUCACAUUAAAACCAUAUACUAUGUACUGGAGGGGUCGCUCGAUAAAAAGCUAUUUCAUGUAGAUGAAUUGUCAGUGAUAGUCUUCGCGCGAUAUUUGGCGCGCAGAUUUAAUAGUGAAAGCAGCGUGUCUGUAAUUCAACAUACAUCAGAGUGAUUUCACUGAUUUCUGUUUCAGGAUAAUGGACAAUAAAUAUAUCUUUCAAAUGUCUGGCAUCAAGAAUCCCACCCAGAAAAGAGAAUUACUCCAAGGCAUCAGAUGGUUAGGGGGGAUGUAUAUUGGGGGUACUGUUUAUAAGGUGGCAACAACACACCUUAUUGUCCAAAGAGCUAUAGCCAGUGAAAAGUUUCUCGCAGCCUGUGCUGGAGGGAAGUGGAUAGUCACUCCAGAGUUUGUUCUGGACAGUGUGAAACAGAUGGCAUGGCUGCCAGAGGCUUCAUACGAGUUCAACUUGAUAGCUCAGACCCCUGGAAUACCCAACCCUCUCACAACAUGGAGGGAGAAGGUAACUAACGGCACACUGUCUGGAGCCUUUCAGGACUGGGUUGUGCUCCUUGACAUAGAUGACCCAGUGAGGAGGGGUAUGUUUGUCAGGAUAUUAAAAGCAGGUAAUGCUGUUGUCUUCACGGACUGUCCGACGUCACAAGCUGUAACUCAUGUGUUAACCAAAGAUAACUCCAAAGAUGAAGCCAAGAAGCCUGGAGUGUCUUACUAUAGGAUCAGCUAUAUAGCUAAACAUCUUUUUGGGAAUGUUUGCUCAGAGUUAAAUUGCUCCUGUAAUUUCGAAGAGACCCUGGAUGAAGAGAAUUCUGUAACAGCCGCCCAGCCCUCCACAGUCACUGAUGAGUCUAUGGUUGUUACUCAUGUAUUUUCACAUAAAGAAUUGGAGGAGAAGCUUAAAGAAUACAUCAUUAUAAUGGAGCAACGAAAGAAGAUGCUUUUGACAGUUCCACAGUUUUACAACUACUACACACCCAGCCUGCCAGUUCAGAUUCCAGUGUUAGAUUUCAGUAAUGUGCAGAGCUUGGUGGAGUGUGCUUUCUACCCUCAAGCUCUGGAGGAGAUCCUGGGAUCCCUGCAGCCCGGAGUGCUCCCCCCAGCCCCACUUCUUCACCAGCUAAUGCACCAUGCCCUACGUGGCAAUACGAAGCCACUCUACCUCAGCAUGUUCAUAACAGUUCUCCACAGCAUUUUGCGCAACAAUCCUACCUGGGGUUCCCCUGUUAGCGUUAAAUACUUCCUUCAAGUCCUCCAGUGUCCUGAGUGUAAGGGUGGUCUCUGGUCACUUCUUCAGAUGACAGUUGGAGUAUGUCUGGGAAGCGAACCCACUUGUCACUCCCUGCCGAACCCACUGUCCACCGAGUUGUUUGGUCUCCAUUGUAACCUGCAGGAGUUCUUUCUGAGACUCUUUCAGUUGGAGCUCCACGCUGCUAGCUCAGGGAGGUCACCUGGAAGCAGCCGGGCAUCUGUGCUGUACAGUGCAUUCUGGAACACGUGGGAGAAGUCAACCCUGAGCUCCAGAGCACUACAACAUCUCAGCAAGCUCCUGAUAAAGACUGUAAUGUGGGCUUUUAACUCCACUCAGGAGUGGAGGCUGGGAAUGCUGGUCACUCUGCAGGAGAUUCUGUAUGUAGUGGUGGAGUACUGGGCUCAGGAACACAGUCCACUCAACAGCAGUCUGGUGGAGAAAGGCUUUAAAGACCUGUCAGAACACAUCGCCGUACUGUGCCAAGACCUUCAUUCUGACGUGCUGAAGGAAGUGAUUCCUGCACUCCUUUCCCCGAGACUCCGGAUGUUCACUGCAGACGCCAUCUACAGGAAUAUCUGCUGCAGCAGGGGCCUGAUCAUCCACUCACAACCCCUCUCCCUGCUCAAGAUAGUCUCACACUACCUCAAAGCUCUGGGGCAGCUGUGUAAUCGCGAGCCUCUCCAAACCCUGAAGUCCCAGACUGACAAAACGGAGAUGAAUCAACCUUCUUCCAGCAGUGCUGCCCAUAUGCCAGACUCUGAAGGUGUGCAAGGCUCGGCAAAUUCAGGCAGAGAGAAUGUCCCGAGAGGUUACCACAGAGUCAACGCUGCAGGCGAGACACUCCUUCAUCGAGCCAGCAAGAGGAACCAGGUGGAGACACUGCUGCGUACCCUCAGCCUCCCUGGAACGGAUGUCAAUGUUAAAGAUCACGCUGGCUGGACGCCCCUUCAUGAAGCCUGUAACCAUGGCAGCACCGUAUGUGUGCAGGCCCUGCUGCAGCAUUGCCCAAACUUGCAGCUGGACAGUCAGGUAGAGGGAGUCAGUCCACUGCAUGACUCCCUGCUGAACCAACACACACAAAUCGCCAAGAUGCUGCUGUGCCGUGGAGGCUCUCUUCUGCUUCAGCUGCGUGACAAUAACGGUCAGACCCCUCUGGAUCUGGUUUCCUCUGCAGCCCUACGUGAGGAGCUCCGUCGCUGUGCAGAAGAAGGCGACAAAGCUCUUGAUGCUCCCUGCUUGGAGGUGAGGGAUCUGCCCUUCAUAGAGACCUGCUCUUGGGUGCUCAGCUGUCUGCUUCUCACCUACCUCCAAGAACAAUACAUACCUUCCGACAAAACCUCCCUCACACCACUUGAUCUCAGUCCCACUGUAUGCCACACCCUGGUCCACCUCAAUCCAAACACUCUAGACUCUGCCUGGGGAGAUUACCGUGUGGUGACCCUGGCUGAGGACCUGAAAACUCUGUUGAGUAUGGAGCAGUACGUGUCACAGGUCAGCCCAGCACUGAGACACUGUGAGGGGGUUCAGGCCAGUCUGUUUGUGCAGCUGCUGGAAGAUCUGCAGGCGGAGGGGACAGCACUGCUCACUGGUGAAUCUGCAUUUUGACCUGAUCUAAAAUAUUCUAUAUAAUGAAACAAAAGAAAGGGGAGUGUAUCUUUGGUCCUGUGGUGAAGCUGUGGCUUUUGUUUAACUACUAGUGAAAUUGCCAAUGUAUUGCCUGGUGAUGUGGAACAAAUAUUUGUAUACGCAUUUAAAUCCUAAUUGUGAGCAAAGAAUUAUUACUUAAGAACCUAUUCUGACUUUUGAGUUUUACUUCAGUGCUUUGUUGUUAAUAUGUUAAAUCAGAGAGAUUUUAUUUAUCAUAUUUCAUAUUUUUGUAGCUAACAUGUUUUUUAAUGGGUUUUUUACAUAUUUUG